GUUUUUCCCGCCAAUGUAAUACAAUUUGACAGCUGACAAUGACUAUGUUGACAUUAGUAAGUCAAACCAGUCAUUCAAACUGUCAAAUUCACAAAUUAUUAAAUGUGCUGAAAAAUAAAUAAACAAUAAACAAGGCAAGACAAAAUGCAAAAAUUUUUAUAGUUCGAAAUUCGAAUUACUUGAUUGUGGAUUCUGGAUAUCUGACUAUAUCAACAAUGGAACAAACAAAUUCAGUCAAAGUGGAUCAAUUCAAACGAAUUCAAGCAGCAUCAUUGCUCUUGGGUGAAAAACAGUACCCUGUGUUUAAAGGAAUAAACACGAUAGGGAGGAAUAAGAUUGCUAUAAUCAAUAUCAAGCAUUUGAAUGUGAGUCAGAACCAAGCCAUUAUUGUGAUUGUAGAUGAAAACCAGCAUUUUAUCAGUGAUCUCAAUUCCUCAAAUGGUACUUUUAUUCAUAAUGCUAAAUUAUUCCCUUUCAAAUUAUAUGAACUGACAAAUGGAACUGACAUAAAAUUCGGAGAUGUUGAAGCAAAAUAUUCCAAGGUAGCCAAUAACAAUACAACUGUAAACUUGCAAGAAACUCUUGAAAUGACUCAAAACAUGACCCAAAACUUCUAUGCAUCUAAUACACAACUGGUUAUUAAUGCAUCAACUUUGAAUCAGUCAGAUGAACACAAUUACUCAAAUAUUUCUCUACAGAAAAGCCAGCAGCUAAAUGUAAUAGAAGAUAUACAUGACAUGGCAACCCAAGUUGAAGAAUAUCCAAAACAAUGUACAGCAAAAUCCAUUUUCAACAAGCCAUUUGCUAAACCUUCAAUUUCAAGAUUAAUUGAAAAAAAUAUGAAUGAUAUACAUGAUGCUCCUACUCAAGUAGUCACUUACUCUGAUAGCUCCUCUGAUAAACCAGAAAUUGCUAAACAAAAGGUCUUAGAGAAUAUUGAGGAAGAUAUAGAAGCCACGCAAGUUAUGAAUUAUCCUGAUAAAUGUAAUGUUCCAAUAUGGUCCCAUAAAGACAAAGAAGUAAAUCAACAAAAUAUUGUCAAUCAUAAUAUUGAGGAAGAUAUAGAAGCCACACAAAUUAUGACUUAUCCUGAUAAAUGCAAUGUUUCAACAUUGCCUGCUAGAGACAAAGAAGUAAAUCAACAAAAGAUUGUUAUUCAUAAUAGCCAGAUUCCUUCCACCUCAGGCUCAGGAUUGAAUACUAUCAACAAUUUUGAACCAGAAGAAUCCCUUGUUAACAGUAGAAAAAGUAUUGGAACACAAGGUAUUAUUGAUGAAACACUCAUCCAGCCAGAUAAUGAAAACAGUAAUGAUUCUGUUGACUUUUUCACAAUACAGAAAAUUGAUGAUGAAGAAAAUAUUAAUAGCAAUAGAGAUGUAAACUUGAAGGAUGCCUCAAAAAUCAUUAAAGAUUCAGUUUCUGUGGUACCAAAUAAUAGUGAUAAUCCUGAGCCUGUAAAAUCUUUACAGAAGUCAAUAACAGAAGGAAAUAGCUUGGGAUCUAAUAUGCACUCAUCAAGAAAGGUGACAUCUUCUGAUUCAGGAUCUGAAACUGAUAUUGAAGACUCAGAGGAAGACAUACCAAAAAGAAAAAAGCCCAAGCUAAGGAAACUGGAUUCUGAGGAUAGUAGUACUCCAGAUAUCUGUACUAAAAAAAAACCUUUGAAAAAACUUGAUUCAGAUGGUGAUACUGAUAAUAGUGAUAAUACUCAAGAUAUCUGUUUAAUCAAAAAACCUCUGAAGAGACUUGAAUCAGAUGAUUCCAAUAGUGAUUCAAACAAUUCAAUUAGCAAAAAUCAGAAAUUUGAAAAUAAAAAAGUUAUUCCCAAGGAUGUUCCUCUGACAAAGAUUGAUAAAGAUUAUAUCUCAGAAUCAGAAACUGAUUGUGAGGAAGAAAUUGGUGAAAAGAAAGUUGAUGCUUCAAGCAGUGGCAAAGACAAAUUAAAAACAGAUGAAAAAAAAUGUGAUGAUGAUUCAGAUACUGAGAUUGAAGACAAUGAUGAACCAGUUAAAAGUGUGGCUGAAAAGAUCAUGGAAAAAACUGGUAAAAAGAAAGUUGAUGCUUCAAACAGUGACAAAAACAAAUUGAAAACAGAUCAAGGAAAAUGUAAUGAUGAUUCAGAUACUGAUAUUGAAGACAAUGAUGUACCAGUUAAAACUGUGGCAGAGAAGAUCAUGGAUGAUCUGGAACACAGUAUGCAACAAAAAGACUCAUCAAAACUUGAAGAGAGUACUUUGAAUGAUACAGACUGUAUUCCAGCAACACAGGAUGCCUUUGCAGAAGAAUUCAGCUACAAAUCUUCAAAACUACAAAUUAAUGACAAUCAGUCUUCUGAAGAAGAAAGUUUCAAACUUGGUAUAACACAACUUAUGGAAGAUGGUACAGAAAAUAAAACUGAAGAAUAUAUUGACAAAAACAAACCAAAUAAUGAAAUCUCUAUAUCUACUGAUAAUGAAAAUAAUCAGCAAAUGGAUGAUGAAUCUGAGGUAGCAAAAAAUGAUAGCAUUUUUUUCGAACCAACUCAAAAAAUUAUUGGUGCAAAAGAGGAAGUUCCCAUGCCAGUGAAAUUUGCUGAAGAUGCUGAUUCCUCUAAGAAUGAUGAAGUUUAUUUCAUGCCCACACAACAAAUCAACAGUGAACAAGACACCCAACCGGACUUCAAAGUACCAACUAAAAAGUAUACAUUCAAGAAGAAACCUGUAAAUUUGGAAGAAUCUCUAACUACUAUUUUGAGCAAUAAAAUAGAAGAUGAUAUUUAUAUGGUAGCAACACAACAGAUAGAUGUUACUGUAUCUCAAAAAGAAAAAUAUGGCAGUAUUUUCAAGCAAGCCACACAGAAAUUGGAUGUAGAGAAUGAUGAAGAUGAUGUGUUUAUUCAGGCCACCCAAUGUAUUAAUGUGGAGGCUACUCAGGAGACCACUAGAAAACAUCCAGAGGUUUCAAAAGAUGAUGAUGUGUAUUUCUUACCUACUCAGCAAAUAAGUGUCCUACCAAAUGAUGCACAAGCAGAUGGAGAUGGUAAGAAAGAUCAAAAUGAUAUGUAUAUGCUAGAUACUCAAAUAUUACCUGAGAUUCCUUGUGGCGUUUCAGAAGACAAGAAAGAGUCGCUUGAAAAAACGUCCAAUGAACAGAAUAAUAUUGCUCAGGCAGAUCCACCUGUAAUUCUGAAUGACAUGUCUAUGCUCUCUCAUGACACACAGUCUGAACUGUCUUUUGUAGAUGAAAACAUGCGUUCAUGUUCUGACAAUGCUAGGCCAGAAAAUCCAUUGGCUCAUGUUUUGAAUAAAGAAUCAAAAACUGGUGAAAUUGAAGAUUUUCAAUCUGGCACAUCCAAAUCAGAGAUAGAUGUUUCAUCCCCUUCGAGACGCAAACUCACCAAGAAAAGUGAUAUUAAGAAUUUGCAGGAAAAAAUCAAGGCUGAUAUAGAGAGGGAUGACGCUGAAACACUCAGUCAGAUUGAAGCGUUCAUCAAAAAACCAUUAGAAAUAGUGCCUGAAGAAGCCGAAACAAUUGCGGAGAAAGAUGACGUGGAAACUCUAAGCCAAAUCGAGGCGUUCAUAAAGAAACCCCUAGAUGUGAACAACUCAAAAGUCAGGAGAUCUGUAAGGAAAGAUCAAACUCUUACAGACCAAGAGACCAUACGAACGGACGAUGUGAACCAAAGUUUCGCCCUGCUGGAAACAAAAACCUCGAAGGUGAGAAGACCGCCGAAGAAAGACACGAAUGUAGAUGAGAUCAAAGUUACUGUCACCGCACACAGGAGGAGUAUGAGUGUGGCAGAAACCUCGAUGAAAGAGGCUUUGGAUGAAUCAAGGCUCACUAGGAAGUCUGGAAGGGUGACUAACAAUAAUAAUGUAUCAUCAAACAGCAGUAGAGGGAAGCGGAAAUUGCAGACAAAUGAGUUGGAAUCUUCCAAACCAGUUCCAGCUAAAGUUACAAGAAGGAAUAGCGUGAAGAACGAACCAAUUACUGAAUCAGCAUCAAAAAAGAAUUCUCGAAGCAUGAAAAAAAUUGGGAGUGAUAAUUGCAUUGGAACGAUUCACGAAGAACCGUCAACAUCUUCUGAUGAACCAUCGACUCCAUCGAGAAAGAGGACUGGUUCUAGAUUGAAAGCUGAGUCUGAUGUGACAUCUACGCCCAAGAGAAACAAUAGACCAACUGAUGAAAGUCUUCUCAACUCUGCAGAGAGAUCAAAAAGGAAGCAGAGGCCAAAAGUGGUUUUCACCAUGUUGGAUAAUCCUCAACUAGAGUUAUACAUAAAGCAUCUAGGUGGAAGUGUGGUGGACGACGUAGAUGCCGCCACUGUCCUGGUUACAGGAGAAGUUAAACGGUCGCAGAAGCUUCUAGCUGCUGUGGCACAAGGCAAGCCAAUAUGUUCUCCUCGUUGGAUUCAAGCUUCCAAAAAAUCCAAUGAAUUUUUGGAUCCCUGGGAUUUUAUACUCACAGAUAAGGAAGCCGAAUCAAAAUGGGACUUUUCACUUGAAGAAUCUCUCAACCGAGCAAAAUGUAAAAAACUAUUAACAAACUAUACUUUUCAACUGAUGGUCAGUAAAGCUGCUGAUGUUUUGAAAGGUGCCAUUGAAGCCAGUGGUGGAAAAUGUUCAACUAGAAAUCCUGGGAAAAAUGUCGAAGGACAUUUCGUUGUUGUAGCAUCACCUGAAAACAAAGCAAAAUACUCAAAACUCAAGAAGCAGAACCCCAACCUCACAAUAGUUGAACCUGAGGCAAUAUUUGAUGGGGUUUUGAGGCAAGAACUUAGGUUCACAAGGCAUUUGGUCACCUAAGUUCCUUUGCUACAGAAAUGUGAAUUAUCACAACAGUUUACUGAGAUUUUUCAUUGGUAUAACUUCUUGGAAGCGUUUGGCAUUGGGAAGAUGUUAUUCAAACAGUUUCAAAUGUGAAUUAAUGGGCACUGUAGAAUAAGGCAAUAUUCCACCAGAUUUUGAUAUUUUCGUAUUUUGAAUAAUUUUGUAGAAGUCUUCAUUCCAAAUGAAUUAUUUAGUGAUCCUAUAGAAUUUAUCCUAUAUUUUUGUAAUAUGUAUACAAUACAACUAUGGCUGGGAUGUGUACUAAUCUCAUCUUAUAAUAUUGAAAUUCAUUUGUAAAUUAUUAUUCUACCUUAUUUAUGAUCUAUGCCUUCAGCAUUGGCAAGAUUUCGUUCUCCUUGUACCUACAUACAUCCAGUAGAGGCGUUUCAUAUAUAGACCAAUCAGAACAAUCAGGGGCUAAGACGAAUUAGCAUCACUCUUAUUCACAGAAUAAAUCCAUUCCAAACACUGACACAAACUGAUACUAUAGUAGUUUUGUCAGUGAUUCCAAUUAAAAAUAUAACGUUGGAAACCAUAGGGAAGCGUUGAUCUUCAUUAUGAUUGGUUAAUAUAACACUAGCCUUAAGAGUUGGAAUUUACAUAAGGUUGAAGUUUUCUUUGUUGAAAGAUAGAUCACACUUUAAAAUUUUCUUGAUUUGAUGAAGUUCUGGGAACAAACAUCAAUUCAUAGUGGAACCGAAUCAUUAGACUGGCAACGCGACUCUCUAUGUUUAGGAAGUUGUGCUCCAAUUCGAAAUAAGAAAAAUAUAGUGCUUCGAAAUUUGAAAAGUUUGUCACUAAAUUUUGCACACCCUGUGAUGAUUCGUGUCAAUCAAACUCGGUUAGCGAUCCUCUUAGGCCUCAUUUGAUAUGUAUCUCUUAUGAUUCUAUUGAGCAGGCACUCUCUUUUUUGUUAUUAAUGUUUUUGACCAGUGGUGCAAAAUAGAUUUUUUCGUUAUAUUUUUUUCACGUCAAUAUCACUGAACCGGUUUCAAUUAAAUUCCAGGAGUAUGUAGGUAAUAUGUAGAAAAAUAUAUCAUUAUGACGUCAAACUUAUUUGGGACACACUGUAUAAUCGAAAUUAUUUUCCUUACCUGGUAUGCGACCUAUUAUACAAUUGAAGUCUGCAAAAUAUCAAAAUCCUGAUUCAACUUACAACUGAGCUAUAUAGAAGACGGGAGGUGAGAUGCAGGACCCUGAAAUACGGGGUGUUCCAUUUGAAAAAAUUAACUUGUACACUGUAGAUCGUUUGUUUCGAGCACCCUGUAUUUUCUGAUGUAGCGGGAAAAAAUAUAAAAAUUCAUUUCAAAUGAUU